AUGGCGGAUGACACAGGCGGCGCGCCGCCUUUGUCCUCUCCUUAUAUAGACCGGCGUGGCCCGGCCCCGCCUACGCCUCGAUCAACAUCCCCAAGAACCAAUCGCAGAGGCGGCUGCUUUGGUGUGGCCAGUAUGCUGCUGUCUUACCAGGAAGUCCCAGUUGCUCUUUUAACAAGCAAAUCCCAGAACCCAUUAAGGUCUGGAAUGAGAUUCAGUGAAGUAGCCACACAGCAUAGUGAAAAUAAAGCCAGGCACGGGGUCGACUUGGGUUGGAGGACCAGAAGACCCAUUGUGGGACCAUUUCAAGAAGCGGCAUUUGCCUUGCCUGUAAAUGGACUGGACAAGCCUCUGUUUACAGAUCCACCAGAGACAAAAUUUGGAUGUCAUAUUAUUAUGGUUAAAGGGAGAAAAUAG